AUGAACGGGAAGAUGAACGGACAGGCUGUGACGGUCAAGAGGAGGACAACUCCCAAGAGGGGACCGACCCUGCUCGCCCGCUCUUUUAACAUGAUUGCGAGGAUCCUGACUUGGUAUUCCAUCGUCUCCGUCCUCUUCCGCUGCCCUGCGAACCUCGAGGCUUGCGAUGAGUCCUCUCCCAAGAUCUGCAAGCCCUACUUCCAACUGAAACACGCCGUCACACCCCAUCUCGAGCCUUACUACCAUACCUACGCCGCUCCCUACGUUGAGAAGGCGACGCCCUACUACAACAUCGCCAACGAGAGAGUUCUCGUCCCUACCAAGGCCUACGCCGUCAAGUACGGCGCUCCCCGCCUGCAGCAGGCUCAAACCUACGGUAAGGCCCAGUGGGACAAGAACAUUCACCCGAAGCUCGCCGUCUACCAGAAGCAGGCCCAGGACAAGUAUGACCAGACGGUUGCUCCUCACGUCGCCAAAGUUUCCACCAGCAUAGGCCCCUACUACGACAUCGCCCGUACUAGUGCUCUCCAGACUUACCACGACGUCAUCCUGCCUUCAUACCAUUUUGUCCACCCUUAUGCUGCCCAGGGCUAUGCUGUCGCCUCGCACUUCACCACUGAGACGGCUGUUCCUUCCGCCUACUGGGCCUGGAACAAGACGUACAGCUUCCUUGACGCUACCGUUUGGCCCCAGUUCCGCGUUCUCUACAUUGAGAAUGUCGAGCCCCAGCUGGCCAGGAUCGGUCAGCGCCUUGGUCGCUAUAAGAACAAGACUAAGGGCUCGAUCGAGAACGUUUCUGAGAGCGCCGCUGCCAAGGCAUCUUCAUUCACCAAGCCUGUGGCUUCCACGGCCUCCACCGUCGUUUCUUCUGUUUCUUCGGCCGUCUCCUCCGCCUCGGAGAAGGCUUCCACCGCAGUCGAGAGCGCGCACAUCCCUGACGCGUCCGAGGUCGCUCAGCACGACCAGUCGGAGCAGGUCCAGCCACCCUCGCCUGAUGAGGACGCCGAUGAAAUCCGCAAGAAGGCCCAAGAAACCGUUGCUAAGGAUCUCAGCAGUUGGCAGGACAAGUUUGCCAAGGCCGCCGAUGAGGGCGCCUCCGAGAUUGAAGACCGCGUCGAGGAGAUCUCCAAGCGCGUGAUCAAGGAGAAGGCCCACGGCGAGGGCAAGGCCCUCGUCGCCGAGCUGCAAAAUGCAGCCAUUACUGAAGUUAAUUCUUUGCAGAAGAAGAUCAUCGAGCUUGUCCAAAAGUCUGUCGAAUCCCCCGAGGGCAUCCAGGACGAGCUUUUCGCCGCUGUUCGGAAGGCUGGGCUCAACAUCAAGGAGAAGGCGCAGAAGAUCCGCGCCUGGAAGGAAGACUACGAGGCCGAGAUUGAGGGCGCCGUUAGCGAGGCUGCUGAUUCCCACUUCAAGAUCCUCGCGAGCAUUCAAGACUUGGCACUCCAAAAGAUUGGAAUGAAGUGGGCCUGGAUGGACGGCAUUACCUACAAGGAUUGGGCCAAGUACCACGAGCUGAGGGAACGCUUCGAGGUGUGGACCAAUGACCUCAAGAAGCUCAUCGUCUCCCACCCUGGCCUGCAAGAGGCACGCGAAGCCUCCAACGAGGUCGAGGACUCCGGCAUGGCCGCCGCUCAAGCUGCUGCUCAAGAACUUGCCAAGCUUAAGCAGGUUGGCCUCUGGAAGCUCGCUGCCCAGGAUUCGUCGGACAACUUCGACAGCGAAACUGCCCGCCUCGCUGCCGAGGAAGCAGAGCGCCUUCGUGCCACCGAGCCUUCCGUCACUCCCUCCGACGCCGUCUCCACUCCCGAGGAAGACCCUCUGGAAUCAGCUGCCAGCGUGGUCGAGAACGAGUCUCCCGCCACCGAACUCGCUUCUGACGGAGCGGCAAGCUCUGUUAGCAGCGUUGCUAGUGAAGUCAAGGAGAGUCUUAGCAGUGGCAUUCCCGCCGUGUCUUCCGCCGUAUCCGAAUCCGCCACCAGUGCCGCCAGCCAAGCGUCGAGCGUUGUAGUCGGCAGCUCGUCCAGCACUGCUUCUGGGCCCGACCUAGCCUCCACCAUUAUCCCUGGUGACGACCAGACUUACAUCGCCGACACCGAAGGAUCGUCGCCUGCUGGCGCUGAGGAGAGCGCCGUCCCCGGCGAUAAGCUGGAAGAGGAGAUCAUCUUGGAGUCUGCCGAGGACAAGCCCGUCGCUGCCGAUACCGAGACUGUCAAGCCCGCCUUCCUCGGGGCUGCCGCGCAGUCUGUCUCGAACAGAGUUCCGGUUAUGGAGGAUGACGAGGAUGCCGACAGCGUUUCAUCUAGGGCCCAGGAGGCUUACUCUGCCGCUGUUUCUAAGGCCUCGGCGCAGUAUUCCUCUGCGAGCGCUGCCAUCUCUGCCAAGAUCUACGGCACGCCCCAGCCGACGCAGGAGAAGCUGAUUGCAUCUGCCUCUGGCGCCUACGCCGAAGCCAUCGCAGCUGCCAGCUCUCGCUACGACGAGGCCAUCAAAGCGGCUUCCAAGGCGAUUUACGGAACGGUUCCCGCCAAGCCUACUCCUUCCUACGACUGGGCCCGCGUUGAGGCCAUCGCUUCCCAGCGCCUCAACGAGGGGCGCCUAUGGGCCGAGCAACAGUACGAGAGCGCCAAGAUUGCGCUUGGUCUUGCCACUGCCACCCCUACUUCCCAGGUUGAGAAGCUCCUCGACCAAGCCAAGUACAACUACUACGCUGGCGUGGGUGUCGCCCAUGCUCGCUACUCGGAAUUCUUGGCUGCUGCAUCCUCGGCCCUGAACGCCGCGACCGCGACGCCUACUCCCACCAACGUGGCCGGCACCGCGUCCUCUGUUGCCUCUGUUGCCACCCGCUCAGCCGACGCCGUGGCCUCGGGAGCGCAAAAGGAGGCUCUUGCCGUGGCAUCGGCAGUUAGCGACGGCUUCUCGGCAGCUGCCUCGAUUGUUAGCAAUUCCGUCUCAGCUGGCGUCCAAGAGGUUGUAGACGCUGCACAGGCCAUCGAAAAGGGUGUGUCGGAUACCUGGGAGGCUGUAGUGAGCCGCGCAAGCGUCCAGAUCUACGGCAAGCCCACCCCUACCGCAUGGUACGACAGUGCCGGACAGUACGCAUCGCAGGCCACUGCCGUCGUCGCCGAGAGCCUCGCUGCGGCGCAAAACCGCGCUGUCAAGCAGUACGAAGACAUGAGCAAACUUGUCUCGGAACUGCUGGUUGGCAAGGAGCCUACAUACUCCGAGAGCGUUUUGGCUCGCCUGCAGGCCGCCUACUCUACGGGCAUUGCCUCCGCCGCCAGCCUUGCCAGUGCUGCCUCGGCUACUGUAUCGUCGGCUGCUUCUGCUGUGACGGACGCCGUCAAGGAGACUGUGCGGCACGCCCGCGACGAGUUGUGA